AUGGGAACUUCUGUUUCAAGAACAGUUGUCAAGUCACCUUCCUGUGCAAAACAACUAUCACAACAAAAGAGAACCGUUGCACAAUUGUCAUACGCAAAGAUCCCAGAGAUCAAAAAUGAAUUGGUGAAGCCAUUUGGUAAGAAUGAUGUGUUAGACUGGGAUCUCUUGAGAGCCUCCAUCACCAAGUUCACAGACAACGGAUCCCUUGAUAUACCAUUGGUCAUUAACGGUGAAAGAAUAUAUGGAAAGGGCACCGAUAGAGAGCUCAACGCACAGAUCAACCCAGCAAAGUUAUCUCAGGAACUUGCAAACAUCACACAAGCGAACAAGAACGAUGUGAAAGCUGCAAUUGCUGCCUCAAAACUCGCUAAGGAGAAAUGGAUGAACACACCAUUCGUUGACAGAGCUGCUAUUUUUCUCAAGGCUGCCGAUUUGAUCAGCACCAAAUACAGAUACGAUAUGCUUGCUGCCACAAUGCUUGGUCAAGGUAAGAAUGUCUACCAAGCUGAGAUUGAUGCUGUUGCUGAAUUGAUUGAUUUCUUCAGAUUCAACGUCAAAUAUGCACAGGAGUUAUACGCUUCUCAACCAGCUGAAUCCAGUCCAGGUGUCUGGAACAGAGCUGAGUACAGACCCUUGGAAGGUUUCGUCUAUGCUGUUACCCCAUUCAACUUCACAGCAAUUGCUGGUAACUUGGUGGGUGCCCCAGCAUUAAUGGGUAAUACGGUUGUUUGGAAGCCAUCCAAGACUGCUGCUUUGUCCAAUUACUUGCUUUAUACAAUUCUUGAAGAGGCAGGUUUGCCAAAGGGUGUGAUCAAUUUCGUUCCAGGUGAACCAAACAUGGUCACAGAUACUGUUCUUGCAGAUUCUGAAUUCAGUGCAUUGCAUUUCACUGGUUCCACAUCCGUCUUCAAGAGUCUCUAUAAGAGAAUCUCAGACAACGUUGCAAAUGAUACAUACAGAGAUUUCCCAAGAAUUGUCGGUGAGACUGGUGGUAAAAACUUCCACCUGGUUCACCCAUCUGCAUCUGUCCUUCACUCAGCGUUAUCUACACUUCGUGGUGCCUUUGAAUACCAAGGUCAGAAGUGUUCUGCUACUUCAAGAGCAUACGUUGCCUCUUCUAUUUGGGAAGAUUUUAAGAAUAUCCUUACAGAGGCUACAAACUCGUUCAAGCCAUUGAAUACCUCUUCUGCUGAUGGUCUUCGUGGAUUCAUGGGCCCAGUGAUUCAUGAAGAAAGUUUCAACAAGAUUGCUAAGGCAAUUGACUCCAUUAAGGAUGAUCCAGAACUUGAAUUAAUCACCGGUGGCAGAUACGACAAGUCUCAAGGCUUUUUCAUCGAGCCAACCGUAGUAAAGACCACGAACCCAGAGCAUCCAUUCUUGAAGAACGAAUUCUUUGGUCCACUAUUGACCGUUCAUGUGUACGACGACAUCGACUACGCCUCGAUCUUGACAACCAUUGACUCCACCAACGGAUAUGGUUUGACAGGGUCUGUGUUUGCCAAAGACCGCGAUGCGAUCAGAUUAGCUGAGGAGAAGCUACGUUACACUGCUGGUAACUUUUACAUCAACGACAAGUCCACUGGUGCUGUUGUUGCGCAACAGUGGUUUGGAGGUGCCAGAGCUUCUGGUACAAACGACAAGGCCGGUUCUGGUAAUAUCUUGUCCAGAUUUGUCUCUGUAAGAAACGUUAAAGAAAACUUCUUCGAGAUUACUGACUUCAAGUACCCAAGUAACUACCAAUGA